AUGCCAUCCACGGAUGCUGUGACGGCAGACACAGACUCUGCUAGCCUCCCAGCUAUGGGAAUGCCGGACACGCAGUUACCUCAAGCGCCCAGCGAGAAUGCAGAAGCUCUCACUAAGUCCCUACUAAGUCAGCUAGUGACCAAUGCUGCCGCGAAAUCUCCUGCCCCGACCAUCGCUGAUCCUGUACCCGUUACAACCUUCACACCAGAAGGCCCCCGUUUCCAAACCCUUUUCGAAGAUCGACAAGCCAAGCUAGAUCAAUCAGCUCCCCCCUAUACCCGAUCGACAUACACGAACGACAUACAGAAGGUCGAGAUGAAGGACGAAGGCGCAUUUCCCAAGACCUGGCAAAAGGUGGAUAAUUGGGUACGGGAAUUUUCAAGGCCACAGGUGACCAACAACCGCAAACAGACUCAUCAACGCAUGCGACUUGCUACCAAUCUCCUAUGUUGUUGUGUCAUUUUUGGAACGGAACAUUUCAUCCGGGGCUGUUGA